AAUUUCACAUACGCAGCAAUGAAUUAUGAGAAUUACAGUAUGGCAGCCAUAGUUUACACAGACACCGACAACAGAGCCCGAUAGGUGAUUACGUACAGAGGGCUGCCUGGUCGUCUUCUUCAGAUUGCCAAGAUCUUGACUUUGAACCACGAUGUUUCCAGAGGACAGUGACGAGCCGUCUGUAGAGUUGGGGGAAGAAACAGAGAUUGGGUCUGCAGUCGGAUACAACUUUGCGCAUUGGAAGUGUCUGAAGUUACUCGCCGUGAACGCAGACGGAGUCCUGUUCUCUCCCGAAGCACUUCAGGGCCCGGCCGGACAGCACCUGAGAACGUACCAUUCACGGGACGUGGUGGGGGUGCGCAUGCUCAGGAGGACAGGUGUACAGGUCUUGCUGCUAUCAGAAGAAGAGGACCCUGUAUUCAACACGCUAGCAGAACGGGAAAAAUUCAGUCUAAGGCAAAACUGUAAGGAUAAACUGGACGAACUGGACUCCUACAGGCAACAAUUGGGACUUAGCUGGGCGGAGGUUGGGUAUGUCGGACAUGACGUAUCUGAUGUGGAGUGCAUGCGGAGAACUGGUGUUAGCGCAUGCGCAGAUGACAGCGACAGUAUGGUGCAAAGAAUAGCCUGCUUCGUCUCCCACUACGCAGGCGCAAAAGGGGCACUGAGAGAAUUUACAGACCAGGUUGUGGAGCUCAACAAAAUGGGGCCAAAGACGGAUACGGAGGUAGAAGUGAUCAGAUAGACGUCAGCUGCAGGCUACGUGAAGGGACAACGCCGAGCAUCUCGUACUUGUGUCAACUCUAGCCUCCAUAGCAGGCUUUAUAGGGCCUUUUUUUUGGCUCAUAAUACACUAUUGCUGGCCAUUUCUACUGAUUGCUGGC